AAUUGUUGGCACAAGCUCAGAGACUACGAUUUAUCGUAAAAUCAUCUUGGUUGAUAUAAACAUUUAUUAUGAUAGGAAAGUUUUCGCUAUUUAAAGUGUUGUUUCAAAAAAUAAAAAGAUUUGAAUAGCUGCAAGAAUGCAUUGAUUAGGUUACUGUUAGAUUACUGCAAGGCAAGUACAAAGUCGAAUUCAACAGUGUUUCAGGGACUGCUCAAUUAUGGUUCAGUUGUUUGGUGUUCCUCAACUUCGAAUUGAUCCCCAGAUCAUGUCCACCAUGGAAAGCGACUAUUGGGAGGAAUUCACUCGAGUGAAUGAUGCUUUUCUGCAUGAACCUGAUAUUGCAAUACGAAAAUCUAAGACCGCAGCUAAUUCUUCUGACAGAAGAAAAAUACAACUUCAAUCGGGCGAGGUGGAUAAAACAACGGAAGUUCAUGAAUUGGCGACCAGAACAGCUAAAGUUUACCCACAUUUGCCUUCGGGAAACGGAGUACGCUCAGGUUUUGAAAACAACUUUGUGUCCCAACAUGAAGAUGAGGAGUAUGUUGAAUUCCGUUCUGUCGCCGUUCAAACGGAUGGAAAUUACGACGAAGAACCCGAGUUGCCCUACAAAUGUUGUCUAUGCUUUCGGUCAUCGACUCCAUGCGUUGUGUGGAUAUUUGUGGGAAUUUCCAUCCUCUUUUUCAAAAUGGGAGCAAUUGUGACUGGACGGUGGAUUUAUUUGUCAAGUUCCACAUUUGAUGAAGUUGUGUUCUACAUUGCAUUUACCGUCUGCUUAGGCUUUUCAACAAUAUAUUUUCGACGCGGUACCAAGUACCAUAAUCCUUUUGACCUAAUAUUUUUGAUGUUGACCAUUCCAAUUAUGUGGGCUUUGCUCACGUUUACCACCACAUUUUUGAAAAAAGACAUUUUCUUUUAUGUUGGGUCGGCAGUUUAUUCCGUCUUUGUCAUUCCUUACAUUAUUCUGGGGUCCUACAUGGCGUACAGGUUCUGGAAGCAAGGAAAGCUGUUUUUGAGGAGGGUUGAAGGCAACAGACAACUGGAGACUUCUUGCAAAAGACUAUUUUUUACCCAAAGCUUGAUCAUGUUUGACACCCAACUGACGAUUUGUGCCUGCAUUAUGUCAAUGGCCCCCACAAUUAAUCAGGACAACACCGUGGUUUGGGUCUCCUCAUUGGUUGUAGCCCCAAUUGGGAUAAGUUGUGCAGUCCUAUCCUUAAUUAUUGGGUACUUUGCGAUAAGAAAAGAAAAUCGGAUGUUAACUUGGAUAUUCACAAUUUUAAGUACAAAUCAGUUUCUGUUAGUAGUUUCAAUGCUACUCAAGAGACCAAUGACUCCGGGGAUAUACUACGCAUUUAUCAAUACUGCGAUUUUGUUUUCAUCCGUAAUGCUGAUUACAUGCCACAUUGCUAUGUUGGCAGUUGUAUGGAAUUGGAUAGUCCCUGCAUAUGGGAAAGGCCUGAAGGGUCCAAUCAAUCGGACGAGUCGCAACAACUGCAUUCAGUGCGCAAAGCUAACAAUUUGUAGGUAAUCUUUAACGAAAAGACUGAUACACUUUUAUUGAAAUCUUGAAUCUCUGUACCUUAUAAUUAUUUAAAAUAAAUUUAUUAACGCACA